AAGCAACUCUGAAAAAGUGAACAGUAGUUAAAACUGACAACUCGAUUAAUAAUACUUCUAUUUGAGAAUAAUUAGUAACAUAUAUGUGUGCAAUCUUGCUCAUAGCUGUCUCACUGAGGGUCAGAUUCUGCUGUCCUUACUCAUGUCAAAUAAUUACAUUGCUCAUAAUCUUACUGAUUCAAUGUGGAGAAUGAUGGCAAAACCUGACUGUAGUGACUAAGGCAACAGUUGCUUCUUUCAGUCUUUGACAGCUGCAAGAGCAACUCUGUUUUUCCAAACCGUCCAUCCCAAAUUCCGACCUGUAAGAGCAUGUACCUAUAUUUAGCUAGUGAGAUUAAGUUGCAGAGGCUUCAAGCAGGGCAAAAAGCACAUUGGUCUGCCUUUUUUACAGACAAACCUUUGGGCAGACAACAGCUAAAGCUUUCUACUCCCUCCCCUUUCCCAAGUGUUUGCAAAAUGGAUUCCCAAAGGGAACUCACUGAAGAGCUCAGACUUUACCAAUCCACCCUCCUUCAGGAUGGCCUCAAGGAACUCCUUGAAGAGAAAAAGUUUGUAGAUUGCUCUCUAAAAGCUGGUGACAGAAGCCUGCCUUGCCACAGAUUGAUUCUGUCGGCAUGUAGCCCUUAUUUUCGUGAGUAUUUCUUAUCUGAGCAAAAUGAAGAGAAAAAGAAGGAGGUAGUUCUAGACAAUGUUGAUCCCAACAUCCUGGAUAUGAUUGUCAAAUACCUUUAUUCAGCAAGUAUUGAUCUCAAUGAUUCUAAUGUGCAGGAUAUUUUUGCUUUGGCCAGCCGCUUUCAGAUCCCUUCUGUAUUCACUGUGUGCGUCUCCUAUCUCCAGAAGAGGCUUGCUGUUGGUAACUGCCUGGCCAUCCUUCGGUUAGGUGUUCUGCUGGAUUGCCCGAGACUUGCAUUUUCUGCCCGUGAUUUUGUUUCAGAUCAUUUUGUGCAGAUCUGCCAAGAAGAGGAUUUCAUGCAGCUUGCCCCACAUGAACUUAUCUCAGUUAUUUCACCUGACAGUUUAAACGUAGAGAAGGAAGAACUGGUAUUUGAAGCAGUAAUGAGAUGGGUCCGAACAGACAAGGAGAACAGAGUAAAGAGCCUGGGGGAAAUUUUUGACUGCAUACGUUUUCGUCUAAUGCCAGAAAAAUAUUUCAAAGAACAGGUUGAGAAGGAUGAUAUAAUUAAAAGCAACUCAGAACUUCAGAAAAAAGUAAAGAUUAUUAAGGAUGCUUUUGCUGGAAAACUGCCUGACUCUAGCAAAAGCACAGAAAAGUCAGCCAAAGGGGAGGUGAAUGGCGAUGUAGGAGAUGAAGAUUUACUGCCUGGCUACCUAAAUGAUCUUCCCAGGCAUGGCAUGUUCGUCAAAGACCUGAUUCUUCUGGUUAAUGACACUGCUGCAGUAGCCUAUGAUCCUCUUGAAAAUGAAUGCUACCUAGCAGCCCUGGCAGAACAGAUUCCCAGAAAUCAUUCCAGUAUAGUCACCAAACAAAAUCAGGUCUAUAUUGUUGGAGGACUCUAUGUGGAAGAGGAGAACAAGGAUCAGCCUUUCCAGUCAUACUUCUUCCAGCUGGACAGCAUUGCUGGUGAGUGGGUUGCCCUUCCUCCGCUGCCGUCAGCCAGGUGUCUCUUCGGGCUGGGAGAGUCGGACAACAAGAUCUAUGUAAUAGCAGGCAAGGACCUUCGCACUGAGGAGUCACUAGAUUCAGUACUGUGCUAUGACCCUGUGGCAAUGAAAUGGGGUGAGAUCAAAAAACUGCCCAUCAAAGUAUAUGGCCACGCAACUAUCUCAAACAAUGGAUUGAUAUAUUGUCUUGGUGGAAAAACUGAUGAUAAGAAAUGCACUAACAGAUUAUUUGUGUACAAUCCCAAGAAAGGAGACUGGAGAGACCUGGCUCCAAUGAAAGUGCCUCGCUCCAUGUUUGGAACUGCCAUCCAUAAGGGCAAGAUUGUCAUUGCAGGUGGUGUCACUGAGGAGGGCCUUACUGCAUCUGUUGAAGCUUUUGAUCUGACCACCAAUAAAUGGGAGAUAAUGCCUGAAUUUCCCCAAGAGAGAAGUUCCAUUAGUUUAGUCACUUUAAGUGGAGCUUUGUAUGCUAUUGGAGGCUUUGCAAUGAUUCAACUUGAGUCUAAAGAAUUUGCACCUAGUGAAGUCACUGACAUAUGGAAGUAUGAUGAUGAGAAGAAGGAAUGGGUUGGCAUACUGAAAGAGAUCCGAUAUGCUACUGGAGCCUCCUGCCUGGCCACACGCUUGAACCUCUUCAAAUUAUCAAAACUGUAAACAAAAUGCUGGAAGAUAUUCGAUGGUGAGGGAGUUUUGAUAGGCUCUUCUGGUUUUGUUGCAUGACAAUGUCCCCAAAUUGUACAGUUUUGUAGCAGCAUACUAGUCAUACUGGGAACUGUUAAAUAGUUAAUUUGUCUGUUCACUUCUUAAGAUAUUUCCUAGCUAACCAGCAACCACUGAAUUUUUGCCAGUGUUUAAAUUUCCAAAGGGUUAUAAUUAAUGUUGAUUAGAUUAAGAUUUUGGCAAGAACCCAAUUUUCCACUCUGAAAUUGCAAACAACACUAGUUAGACUUCCUUGCACUCAAUACAAUCCAGGUAUUGGUAGCUUGUCCUCCAAACAAUGAGCAUUAAUUAAUUGUUAAGUUAAAUACAACUAAUAGGUAGCUAAUUUUAGUCUUACUGGCUGUUUGUAUGGCCAAAUUUCCCCUUUUAGUAAUGUAUGUAAAUCCUGCGCUCUUCAGCGAUAUCUUGGAAAUAUUCUCAUCACAGACCUCAAAAAAAAUGAUUUAGCUUGGAAUUGAAAUGAAUGUGUUAAACAAAAGUGGUUUAAUACUAUGUGGUGUAAUAAAUGCCAAUCUCAGCCAAAGCUAGACUAGUAGACAGAGGAGAGGGUAGACAGAGAAAUUCACAAGGUUAGUAGCUCUACUUUUCACCUACUAUGUUUAGACUUCUGAUAACAAAGAUUUUCCACUUUUUUAAUGCUUUUAUAUUUAUUUCCAAAGCAAAUAUUUUAUGCAAGUUUUCCUCAGAGAUCUGAGGCCAAUAACAACAUUCAGGAAAAUGUCCUGAAAGAACUAUCUAACAAAUACCUGUGACAGAGAGGACUUUUUCAUUUACUAUAGAGUUGAUGCAUUUUGACGUUUAAACUUUUAACAAUUAAACUUUGUUUUUAAAACUAUAAAAGUAUCACUUGAUAGCGUCUUUUUUUAGUGAUUAGCUCAUCAUCACUAUCGUAUUGACAGGACACAGAUCUCUUAGUACAGCCCAAAAUAGAGCACUCAGUUUUCUUCACAGCAUGCUUACCCUUUUUUGUAGAGCAUCUCUUCAAAGGAUUUCUCCAUUGCAUAAAGAGGGUGUCAUCAAUCUAAAGGAUUUCAUACAUUUAAAUCUAGUUGCAACUGAUGUAGCAGGAAAACUGGAAGAGAAGGCCACCACACCUGAUUGAAUAGCAGUGCCAACUAUCAAAUGCCCCCUUGCACUGCCUUCCUGUGAGACAGAAGUAAACACAUGCAGAGGCACAGCCACCAUAGUUCAGUUCAGUAUGUUACUGUCCACCAGUACUUAAUCUGUGGGCAUUUUCCCUUUAGUACCCAAAUCUGCAGCUGUGCUAAGCACCAUUUAUUGGCUCCAGUUAGAUCACUGGUUUACAACACCCCCCUGCUCUAACACUUGCUGAUUUAAUACAGAAAGAAUGAGUACAAAGAAUCAAGGAAAACACAUUAUACUGAAUUGAUUUUUUUUUCUUUUCUGCAAUGCUCUUUCUGGACAGCUCAUAACAAGUUUUAAUCCUCUUCCCAUUGUGCAUACUCAUAACUUUAUCCAUACAUAAACUGAAGAAAACUGGCUUGGUACAGUGACUGCUAGAACCCUGAAAAGCAGGGUUCAACUCAAACAUGACCACCCUGACUCAUUACUUCAGCCACUGCCACCUUUCUUACUCUGAGGGUGCUACUUGAAGGCUGUCAGUACAGAAGCAGAGUCAUGUGAGACCUCUUUGCAUGUAGUCCACCUUCUGAAAUACUAACUUAUAUUUAUAAUUCUCCAUUUUAUACAAAAUACAAUGCACAUAGAAUCUUUCUAUGUGCUAUGUCCCUUCGAUGACAUUUCCUCAAAGCAGUCAUUACAUCUUGGAGCCCUGGUCCAUUUGAUAACCUUAAGUGUCUAGACAACCAUCUACUAGUUUUGUCAGUCAUCCCACAGAUAUCAGGGCUGCCUCGGGAGGAAAGUACCUUACAGCUUAGAUCAGUUCUGUUCAUUUUUCUUGACUUCCCAUUCCUGUCCUGAUUUGUAUUCAGUUAAUAAAAAAUUUUUCUUCUGUGACUGAAUAGUAAAAAAAAGUGACAGCAAGAUGCCUAAUGCCCAAUUCAGAUAUGCAGGUGCUUAUCUCUGCCAGGUUUCAGGUGAAAUGGUAAAAGAAUGUGUUCUGCUUCUACUAAAUAAGCAAGAAAACAUAUCCUCAUUGCAUGUGUGAGAAAACAGGCACAGCUGGCAGUCACCCUAAGCUCACGGCAGCUGUAGGCACAACGUGGCUGCCUCUGGAAAUGGGAUGACUGGCCAAGCAUAACACCCCUGCAGUUACUGCUCUACAAUGAACUUUCUCCUGGCUAUUCCACUUUGUCCUUCUACAUCUCAGUGUCUUAUGUCUCCUGCCCAAACCCUGGCAGGGUUUUCAAGUAUGUGAAGGUGUUCCAAAAGGCUCAGCCAUUCUUCUGCACACACCAGAGCACAGGGUAGAAGCAGCUGAAGGUUCCUCACCACACAACACUCCCCCACAGUACCUGUGUUCUGAGAAUGGAAACUGAAUGGCUCUCAAAGCAGCCCUAUUCUUAGCAAAUCUGCAUUUCAGUUUCUUGGUUUCAGGGUACAAAUACUGUUUGAUUCCUAACUGCUCAUUCUGUCACAUGCUGGAGGACAGUUUCCAGUAGAUGGCUGACUCCACUCUCCUAGUCAAUAGUAUUUCCAACUUUUUCUGUGGAGAGUUUUAUGUCUGGCUAUGUCUCUGUGCUAUUUAUUUAGGAGAUAAUAAUGUGAUUUGAUUGCAGAACUGCCAGAUUCAUGUGCCCGUAAUAGCUUCCAGAUAAUGAGAAUUUUUAAGCAGCCUUAUUCAUAUCUUCACAGCCCACUGUGACCUGCCUUUUGCAAUCCCUAACAAAUUAAGGAUUAAAUCUCUACAUCUGAUGACCUUGGCAAGCCUUGGUCCAGCUGAUACAGAUAAAGAGAUUUUUGAAACAUAAGUAUUCCAGGAUUACGAGAUGUUUGAUUGUACAUAAACUGUU